UGGAGGAGCUGGCAGAAGUCACCCUACGCAUAAGGACAACAGCAAGAGUUCAAGCAUACAUUCAGCAGAUGGGUUCUAGUAUUUCUGCAUGUUGAGAUCAUUUGGCAGCAUUAGAUCACUAUUAGUACCACAUGAAUGAUUACUCAAAGGAACACAAGAUGUAUGUGUUAAAAAAUCAGAGGUAACAGUGAGUUCAUCCCUAGUUUGCUCAUUCUAAUCUUGAGCAGAUUAAUAUGUAAUCUGCUGCCUCAGCAGGAACAGGGAGGUGAUAGCGGCUGUUUUAAUCCACAUGCUUUUGUUCUAUAGCUUAUAAAUAUCCUCAGGAUUGCAGGUCCCAGUUCAGACUCUUCUGACACUUGACAGCCCUUCCUCAGCCCACCAUGGAGUUCUUGGGAUGGCCCACAGUCCUCUUGCUGGUCUGCAUCUCAUGCCUUCUCAUUGCUGCAUGGAGAAGUACAUCACAAAGAGGGAAGGAGCCUCCUGGUCCCACACCAAUUCCCAUAAUCGGAAAUAUUUUUCAGCUGAACCCAUGGGACUUGAUGGAAAGCUUUAAGGAGUUCAGCAAAAAGUAUGGCCCUAUCUUCACAAUACAUUUAGGACCCAAAAAAGUUGUAGUGCUCUAUGGCUACGACGUUGUGAAAGAAGCCCUAAUCGACAACGGAGAAGCUUUCAGUGGCAGAGGCAAUCUGCCACUUUUUGAGAAAGUCUUCAAAGGCAAAGGCAUUGUUACCAGCAAUGGGGAGACCUGGAGGCAGAUCCGACGAUUUACCCUCACCACCCUGCGUGAUUUUGGAAUGGGGAAGAAGGGCAUUGAGGAACGAAUCCAGGAGGAAGCUCGUUUUCUGGUGGAGAGGAUCAGGAACACACAUGAGAAACCUUUCAAUCCUACUGUGUUUUUAAUGCAUGCUGUUUCCAACAUCAUCUGUUCUAUUGUAUUUGGGGAUCGGUUUGACUAUGAGGACAAGAAAUUUCUGGAUUUAAUAGAGAUGCUGGAAGAAAAUGAAAAGUACCAGAACAGUAUACGAACACAGCUCUACAAUUUCUUCCCAACCAUCCUGGAUUAUUUGCCUGGGCCUCAUAAAACACUAAUAAAAAGCAUUGAUAAAGUUGAUGACUUCAUUACUGAAAUUGUAAGAGCACACCAGGAAUCUUUCGAUCCCAGCUGCCCUCGAGAUUUUAUUGAUGCUUUUAUCAACAAAAUGCAACAGGAGAAAGGGAACUCUUAUUUCACUGUUGAGUCCUUGACCAGAACCACACUUGACUUGUUCCUUGCGGGAACAGGGACAACCAGCACCACACUGAGAUACGGAUUUCUGAUUCUCCAGAAAUACCCGGAGAUUGAAGGUAAGAGGAAAGGGAAUAUUCACUUGAAGAUAUAUUAUAGGCCAUGGGCUCAAAGUGGACAGUUUGUGUCACUACCUCUGGUGACAACAGUCCCUAAUAGCAGAGAUGUCCAUCAGUCUGAGCUCUACUUCCAGGAGAGAGCCAUCAGUACCAAGUAUGUUUGUUCAUCUGCUUUUGGGAGGGUGAAAAGCAAGCUUUGCUGCAACUGUGAAGAAAGGCUUUGGGAAACAUCCAUUCAAUUUACUUAUUCCCAAACAGAGAAAAUUCACAAGGAGAUUGACCGUGUGGUUGGCCGAGACCGAAGCCCCUGCAUGGCAGACAGGAGCCAGUUGCCAUACACAGAUGCUGUGGUCCAUGAAAUCCAGAGAUUCAUUGAUUUCCUUCCAGUUAACCUACCACGUGCUGUGACCAAGGACACCAAGCUCAGAGACUAUUUCAUACCCAAGGUUAGGAACUUUCAUGGCACAGGGGUUAAAAUAAGUUACAAGCAAAAGUAUUCUACCAUCAUCAUCUCCUUUCUUUCUCAUUCUUUCCUUGCAGGAAAACGCAUCUGUGCAGGAGAAGGUCUGGCCCGGAUGGAGAUAUUCUUAUUUUUAACAUCCAUCCUGCAGAACUUCACUCUGAAGCCUGUUGUAGAUCACAAGGAUGUUGACAUUUCUCCCAUAGUCACCUCUGCAGCAAAAAUUCCCCGAUCUUAUGAGGUCUCAUUUAUUCCACGUUAGACAAGUGAAGACAGCUGGCACCUCUCAAAUUAGAAUGACAGUCUUGAAUGACCGUCAUUGCCCAUCCUGAUGAGACUGAGACAGUCAGAUAAUUUGCUAGUUUCUUCAGGGACAGAAAAGGUAUGCUUUUAAAGAAAAGUAAU